GAUUCUUACACAUAAAUUGUGAAUAACCUAGCAAAUUUGGUUAGGCGUGACACGAAAAGCAAAAUAAAGACUCCAAACGAGGAGCUUAUAGUCCCCAGACAGACACAACUCUUGGCCUUUGGCAGUUGCCCUUGGCUUGUUCACUGAAGACGAAAAUGCCCCUUCCCUGCCUGUCCCUCAUUCUACGUACGCGGCGGUUGGUCCAGUUUCUGUGCCAUCAAACAAAACCCAGUCCGCAGGGCAGUCUCACUUCAACUCCCUAAUCCUCCUUUUGAGUUUAGGGUUCUAAAGUUCCAACCUUUCCCUCCAAUUUAUCAGUUUUCUUACUUACACCCUCUGCACUCCUGCAACACCGCUGCUGGUUUUUUGCUGUUCAGUUUAACCGUCCGCCGUGAAAAUUCCUUCCCCAUAUAGAUGGAGUCGAACGGGGAUGACGCCGCUCGUAUCGUCGCCGAACUCGAAACCCUCAAGUCCGCCAAAAGCGACAUAGACAGCCGAAUUCGAGCUCUGGAAGCUCAGCUCCGCGACUUGAACCUCCAGAAGCCCGCCGUCUGUGCCAACGGGUCUUGUCAUUCAGGCGGCUCGGCCGUUGGUUCUGCCCUGGCUCACGGAUUAUCGCCGGAUAUGAUUUACCGCUACAGCCGCCACCUCCUCCUUUCCUCUUUCGGAGUUCAAGGGCAGUCAAAGCUCGUCAAGUCUUCCAUUUUAGUGGUUGGAGCUGGAGGAUUAGGCGCCCCUGCUCUGAUGUACCUUGCAGCUUCUGGUGUUGGCCGGUUGGGUAUCGUCGAUCAUGAUGUUGUUGAACUUAAUAACAUGCAUAGGCAGGUUAUACACACUGAAGCGUUUAUCGGCCAACCAAAAGUGAAGUCUGCUGCUGCUGCCUGUCGCUCAAUCAACUCCUCAAUUCAGGUAGUGGAACACCAAGAAGCAUUAAGGACAUCCAAUGCGAUUGAAAUUAUGAGCCAAUAUGACAUUGUAGUAGAUGCUACAGAUAAUGCACCAAGCCGUUACAUGAUCAGUGAUUGUUGUGUCGUGUUGGGGAGGCCUCUUGUGUCGGGUGCUGCAUUGGGAUUGGAGGGUCAGCUGACAGUCUAUAAUUACAAUGGAGGGCCAUGCUACAGAUGCCUUUUCCCAACUCCACCACCUGCAACAGCUUGCCAAAGGUGCUCAGAUAAUGGAGUCCUAGGAGUGGUCCCUGGAAUAGUUGGCUGCCUACAAGCUCUAGAGGCCAUUAAAAUUGCUAGUGCUAUUGGGGAACCGUUGUCAGGACGCAUGCUUCUACUUGAUGCAUUAUCAGCACGAGUUCGGAUUGUCAAGAUCAGAGGGAAGUCAAUACAUUGUGAAGUUUGUGGAGAAAGUACUAAAUUUACCAAAGAGCAAUUUAAGAACUUUGAUUACGAGAAUUUUACUCAAUCUCCCUUGUCAGCGGCUCCCUUGAAGCUCAACCUUCUUUCAGAAGAAUCUAGAAUCAGCAGCAGCGAGUUCAAGGAGAAAGUGACAAAAGGAGAACCAUAUGUUUUGAUCGAUGUACGACCAGGCCACCACUUCAAGAUUGUUUCACUUCCAAAUGCCAUGAAUAUCCCUCUAUCGACUUUGGAGGGCAGGCUGCCUGAGAUCUCUUCAGCUUUGAAAGAGGAGGAACAUCGCAGGAGCAGUGAAAGCUCGGAGUCACCUAUUGUUGGCCUUUACGUGAUGUGUAGAAGAGGCAACGACUCACAGAGAGCAGUUCAAUUGCUGCAGAGUAUGGGAUUCCCCUCUGCAAAAGAUAUCGUUGGUGGCUUAGAGGGCUGGGCUCGUGAGGUGGAUCCAGAUCUCCCUACUUACUAGAGACCAAAUAGUUUUGUCUUGCAAUGUUUUCUUCUACAUGAAAUCCUGUACUUCAAGAUGGGGGGAUGCAAACUCAUUACCAGCAGUUCAUCUGGGUUAUUUUAGUCCCUUUAAGUUAUCAGUAUAAUCUACUGUUUACUUGUCCGUGGUAGAUCUUUAUUAUAAAAUAGAGUACUUUGUCGACAACAACUUGAGCAGACAAGGAAUGGCAACUAAGACGCUUUGUUUUGUAUAUUUUUCUUGCUGCAACUUGAAAAUCAGAAAAUUACACCAGUGACCAGCCAACCUAGCAGAGAAAGGACAACCUUGAACAUCAUGAGGUGACACAGAAAGAGAAGCAAUGCUUUAACUAGCUAUUUUGGACUGCUGACUCUGAUGGUGUGCCUUAAAAGAUAAAAAUCACACAUAACUUCUAACCAUUAUUAAGGGCUUAUUCCAUGGCCUCUUUCCUUAUGGUGACCGGGUGGAUCUGGUUGCCAUGGCUGUGGUGGCCUAGGAGGGAAGGGAAAUGGCGGCUGGGGCCAAGGACGAGGCCAUGGCUCUGGUGGCCUAGGUGGGAAAGGAAACGGCGGUUGUGGCCAAGGGCGAGGCCACGGUUCUGGAGGCCUAGGUGGGAAAGGGAACGGAGGUCGUGGCCAAGGACGAGGCCAUGGUUCUGGUGGCCUAGGCGGGAAAGGAAACGGUGGUCGUGGCCAAGGGCGAGGCCAUGGUUGUGGCUGAUCACCGCCAUACCCACACAUCCCAAAAGAACACUGAACUCCCCAGGGGCAUCUGUUGAAGCACUUCCCACAGUUGAAUGGACUAACGUUGCUGUCGACACACAAUCCACCACAACAUUGCCAAGUGAAGGGGCAGCUGAUCCCACACCAGCCACAAUUGUUUGCAUCAGACGACACAUCUACACACUGGUUCCUGCAACACUGCAUCCGCGGUCCAGGUGGGUCGUGAUGAUUGACACCCUGAUCUCUGCAUAUCCAUGGCGCUCUUGAGCAGCCGGGGUCUCGAGGCUGCUGGUGAUGGUUUCUCACUUUCUUCAGCCAUGGUGAUGAGUGCGUCGACACGUUGUAGUAGUAGUAGUGUCCUUGUUUGGAAAUUGAAUCCCCAUUUG